AUGGCAUUCGAAAGUUCGGUACUAACGCUGCGUCUCUUAAUGUUUGUUUUGGGCGAUAAGGCGUCGCUUUUAUCAAAGUAUUCCGUAUUGGAAGCGUCAUCGCCAUCACCUACACGAGGACAUCACUUCGAUAAGGUCAUGGCCGCCCGAAGUACUCUGUCUGAAACUACUCGCUCGAUUCUUGACGAGCUGUCGGACAGUGCAAAGGAGAAAGUGCCACGGGAUGUAUACACCCAGCUAAUGUCGGGCUUCGUUCCUGCAACAAGGGAAGUUUCAAGAGCAGGGAACGAGCUGCUCAAAGCAUAUCAGGCUGUCCAGAAGUGCUCAGACCAGUACGUGAACACUCUCAAGACACUUGCUGAGUCAGCAUCUAAAGCUUUUCCUGGAGCGAAGAAGUACGGAGAGGAUUUGGAAGCGCUCUUGACCGAGUACGGUGAAAAGCUGAACCAACAGAGAAACUUUAUUGCUGAAUUUACCUCUAUCGUUGCAAAGACGACGGGGUAUAGCAACGAGGACAAGGAAAAGGUGAAGGAUAUGUAUGCAAGAUACCAGAAACAGGAAAAAGACUUUGAGAAGCAACGCAGAAAAGGGAGUAAGACAGUAUUCGACCAGCAACAGUUCGUAGAAGAAUCUGCAAAGGAAUUCCUGCGGCAGCAAGAAAUGCGUUACAAAUUUUUCCAUGACAAACAUCGAAACUGGUUUGCCAUGUUUCCGAGUUCAACCAAACCGGAAAACAAUAACGUCAACGAAUUAGAUAAUCAUGAGAAUGGCAAUGCGAGGAACAACAGAAUAAUUCUUCCUGAGAACGACUUUGUGCGGAAAAGAAACAAUGAUACACCAAAUUCAAUGGAAAACUCUACGACUGUUGGCGUGCCGAGCAGAAAGUCGACAACGCGUCAGGAAACGAUGAGUGAAGUGAUCACGACUGAGGUCAAACCAGCGUCACACUCAUACGUUAAUCUUCAAGAAGAUAAACGUAUGUCGCAGUUGCCGCCAACGGCAGCGCCGCAAGCCGCAACAAACUCUUUCGUCGUACUCAGAGAGAACCCGCCAGCCGCUCAAGCAGCAGUCAGAAGUUCCUUCGUCCCAACCAGAGAGAGCCCAAUGCCAGCCGUGCAGCCUGCAGCAACUAAUUCUUACAUUGCCAGGGAGAGUCCAAACCCAAUUGCUCAAAGUCCGCCGCAGCAAUUCGCAGCUAAUGAUUGGACAAACAACGUAUCAGAGGUUCCACGAAGAGAAUUUGCUCCGGUACUGCCGGCAAUUGAUCCUGCCGACUAUCGUCCGGAUGAGCCAGAAGUGAAAAGAGUGGUGAACGAACGUCGUCCGCCUGUUGGUGGUCGCCUGGUCUUGCCUACUUCGAUCGAUGCUUCAGCUAUUGGAAAUAGAGCUUCAAUACACAAUGUUGAAGAAUACAUCCAGCCAAACUAUGCCGUCAAUCGUCCAGUUCCUCAGGUCGCGCAAGUUCCACAGGUUCCGGCGAAGCCAGCAGGUGUUGUUCCACCCUUGUUUGAAAACAGUGACUAUGGUCGAGUUUUGAUGGUUACUCAAGAUUUUAAUGCCACAUCUGGAGAGCAAAUCACAGUAAAUCGAGGUAACAAGGUCAUUCUCAUAAAAAAUGGAAAGCGUGGAUGGAUUUUCAUCAGGGAUGUCGACACUCAGAGGACUGGUUGGAUUCCUGCACCAUUCGUCAGUUACUGAAGCCUGUUUCAUUUAUUAUAUUCGAAUAUACUUUCGUGAGCUCUAAAAGUCACGAAACGACUAAAUCAA